GUCAAUAACAAUACAAUUCCAAAUAUAUACAUAUUUAUACAUUAUAUGCUUAUAAAUAUUAUAUAUUAAUUAUUAUAUAUUAAUUUUUCUUUUUAUUACAUGAUUGUUCUUUGAUUAUAAACAUAUGAUUGUUCUUUGAUUAUAAACAAAAAUAAUUAUUUCAUAAAAAAAUUAUUUUUAAAUCUAUUUAAGAAAAUUGUUUUCUGCAAAAUUAUAAAUGGUGAAAUAAAUGAAACUUUUAUAACUUAAAAUCAAUUAAAAAAACUUUUCAAAUGGAAUUGUCUCAAAAUCCUCAGAUUUCUUUUGAUGAAAAAACAAAAGGAUUUGAUUUAUCAGCUGGCAAAACAUGGAUUUAUCCAGAAAAUUAUCCUGUCAGAGAUUAUCAGUUCAAUAUUGUUCAAGCAUGCUUAUACAGAAACACAUUAGUUUGUUUACCUACUGGAUUAGGAAAAACAUUUAUUGCUGCAGUUGUAAUGUAUAAUUUUUGGAGAUGGUAUCCAUGGGGGAAAAUUAUAUUUUUAGCACCUACCAAACCAUUAGUUGCGCAACAAAUUUUUGCAUGUCACAAUACUAUGGGCAUACCUAGUGCGGAAACUAUUGAACUUACAGGAGCAAUUAAUCUCAAGAAACGAGAAAUAGCUUGGUCAAAAAAAAGAAUAAUAUUUGCUACUCCUCAAGUUUUUCACAAUGAUUUAAACAAAAAUGUUGUACCUAGUGAUUUAAUAAAAUGUAUAGUUAUAGAUGAAGCUCAUAAAGCUUUGGGUAAACACUCUUACUGUGAGUGUAUUCGCAUAUUAAGUGGAAAAAAUCAAAAUUUCAGAGUGUUAGCUCUUUCUGCUACACCAGGCAAUAAAAUUGAUAAUGUCCAUGAGGUAUUACAAAAUUUAUUAAUUGCUCAUGUGGAAUUAAGAGAUGAAACUUCUUUAGAUAUUGUACCUUAUAUUAAUAAAAAAAAAGUUGAAAUAAUUUUAGUACCACUUAAUAAUAAAUUGACAGAAUACAAAGAGAAGUAUAUUUUUAUUAUGGAUCGUCAUGUUAAAAUUUUACUUCAAUAUAAUAUUCUUUGUGGACAAACUGCAAAUAUUUCAAAAGGAAGAGUUUUCCAUUUAUUGAAAGAAUUCCAAAAGAAAACAAAUAAAACAGGAAACUAUGGACAAAUUAUAAAAACAUUAAACAUUUUAAUGACAAUGUAUCAUGCUUAUGAACUUAUGAUUAGAGAUGGACUUAGAGCAUUUUAUAAAUUUUAUCAAAAUCAUUCUGAUAAAUUUUGGAUGAAUGAGGAAUCACAAUUACAAAUAUUACUUGAAGAUAUUAAAACAUAUCUUGGUCCAUUUCCUGAUACAAAAGUUUUAUGUGAAGAAACUAUAAUGGAAAUACCCCAAAAUCUCAUAUUUGGACAUACGAAAUUCGAUAAAUUGAAAGAACUGCUUAUAUGUCAUUUUAAAAAUAAUGAAAAAAAAGAAAAUAAUACAAGAGCUAUAGUUUUUGUCGAGUAUCGAGAUAUUGUAAGUGAAAUUUAUAUUCUAUUAUUACAAUGCCAACCAUUAAUAAGACCCCAAAUGUUCGUUGGUCAAGCUGGGCAAAAACAAAAGCAACAAAUAAAAGCAUUAGAGAAUUUUAAAAAUAAUUAUGUCAAUGUUCUUAUAUCUACGAGUAUAGGAGAAGAAGGAUUGGACGUUGGAGAAGUAGAUUUAAUAAUAUGUUUCGAUGUAUCUCAACAUUCACCGACGCGGCUAGUACAAAGAAUGGGAAGAACAGGACGAAAACGCGAUGGACAUAUAAUUAUUCUUGUUACAGAUGGAAAAGAACAUGAAACGUUAAAAUCUACAAUAGCUAGAAGAGAUUCUUUAAAUUAUAAAGUAUUAAAUACGAAUAAUAUUUUCUCUUCGCUUUAUCAAAACAACCCACGUAUGAUUCCCGAUAUCUUAAUUCCAGAAUGUUUAAAAAUGCAUAUUAGUAUACAACCAAAGACUCCUGUUAUAAAAUAUAAAAACAGAAAAAGAGAGGCAAAUAAUAAAGAAAAGAAACAUCAAACUAUUAUAAAAAAAAAAGAAUCUAAUUUAGUAUCGAAGAAAGAGGGAACUAAAUUUUUAAUGAUGAAAUAUUUGAAAGUUGAAGAAAACAAAGAAUCUUCUAAAUAUAAUUGUGGAACUCUUAAUUUCGAAGCAAUUCAAAAUAUUAAUAAUCAUAACACUACAAAAUUAUCAGAUGUAAAAAUUCUUUUUUGCGACAAUCAUGCAGUUGAUUUCCUUACAAUAUGUGCUUUGAAGAUUUCUGCAAGAGAAGAAAAUAUAAAAAACAAAUGUAAAAUUAAUAAAUCUUAUAUACCUAAAUCUUCUUUUAUUAAAAAUUUUGUGGAUUUUACAGUACCUGAUAUUAAAGUUCUUGAUUGUUUAAUUACACUGAACAAUAUUCCUUAUAAUUAUGACAAAAAUAAAUCAAAUAAUGAUAAUGAAAAUGACAAUUGGAAUAAUUCACAUAAUAAUGAAUAUGUAGUUAAAAAUAAAAUAACAUUAACAGAGAUCGUUGAUAAAUAUGAACAAAAAUCAUUUUCCAAGUUUGAAGAUUUACUUGAUGAUAGUAAUAAAUCAAAUGAAACUGAUUUAUCGGAUAAUGAGGAAAAACAACUAGAGAAUUCUACUUGUCCUUCUUCAAGUGUUUCCAAGCAAUGUAUAAAAAAUAAUCCGUUACAAUCAUUCAAAACAGGAAAUACAAAUAACAUAUUACAAAGAUCAAUAUCUGAUAAAUUUGAAGAUAUAUUGAAUGAAAUAUCUGAUGAUUCUGAAACUAAUCAUAUUGAAAAUUUUGAACAAAGUUGGAUAAAAAAUAUUAAAAAUAAUGAACAAAUAAAAAAGUCUUCUAAUAUUACAGAAUUAGAUAAUAAUUUUAGAUUAAAAAAUAAUUUGCAAAAAGAAAUUAAAAUAAAUAAUUUUUCUUCAAUUCCAAUGGAUCAAUAUAAACAUAAUUUAACUGAAACUAUUAAUAUGCCAAAAUUUGUUGAAUUUCAAGAUGAAUAUACCUUGAAUGAAAAACAAACAAUUGAUGAAAUAGCUCGAUUAAAUUCAAAUUCAAUACUUUCAAAGAUCAGUGAAUCAGAAGAUGAUAUAUUUCAAGACAAAAGUUUUUUAUUGCAAAUCGAUAAUCAAUCAAAUAUUGAUGAAGAAAUAAAUAAUUCGAUUGAUAAAGAUGAAAAGAAUUUUAAUAACAUAACAAAUUUAAAUAAUCAAAAAAACAUAAUUAACACAGAAUUAGAAAUGGAAGGAUAUGAUUGGGAUGAUGAUUUUAAAGUUUCAAUUGAUACUGUACAAAAUUAUAUAAAAUUCGAUACAUUUGAAGAAAAGCAAAAUAACGAGAAAUUAAAAAUUGAAAAUAAUAUGGAAAAGUGUGAUCUAAAUAAUAAAGAAUGGAUUUCAAUCGAAAAGUCGAAAAAUAUUUCAAAACAAGACGCUUCUCGUAUGACUAUAGCAAAUAAAUUAGCGAAUGUAAGAAAAAGGAAUUCGAAUUAUAAUUGCUUUAAUAAUGAUUCUAUGAAUAAAGAUAAUUCCAAAAAUGUUUAUCUUUCAACUAUAAAAGAAAAGAAAUGUAUUUCCUUCAUUGAUAAAUCAAAAAAUAAGAAAAAAUAUGUAAGUCAGAAAAAAGAAACAGAAUAUUCUCGAAAACAUAAUCGUAAUCAAAAAUUGAGAAAAACAAAAAAUGAAUUUAUAUUGGAGGAAGCAGAAGUUUCUUCGAAUAGUGAGACAACAAAUGAAAGUUCUGAAACUGAUAAUGAUCUCGAAGAUUUUGUCAGUUAUACGCAAAAUGUACAAGAUACAUCUGAUAUAUAUGUUCAUUAUUUACAGAGUACUAAAAGUCCAGUGAAUAGACAAAAUUUUCUUUUUAAACAACAAUGCACAUUUAAUUCUAAUAUAGAUAUAUAUUCACAACCUAUAACUCAAAACGAAUCCUACAUAAAUGAUUCGUUUUGCGUAACGGGAGACGAAACUGAUGAUAAGGAAAUUACUCGAGACAAAGAAUUGUCCGAACUAGAAAAAGCGGAAAAAAAACUUAAAAGGCAAAAACGAAAACGCAUAAGCGAUAAAGAAUUAAGUCGUUAUAGAAGAAUUAAUAAGAGAAGAAAUGUAAUAAAUUAUUUUAGCAGUAGUGAAGAUGAGACUGAAAAUUUGCGCAAACAAAUAAAGGACGAAUCGUUGUUAAAACGAUCAUGAAAAAAAUAGAUUAAAUCAAUUUUAAAAAUCUAUCAUUUAUAUAAUUCAUAAUAAUAAUAAAUUAAGCAUUUUUUUUUUAUUUUUCAAUUCAAUAUAAUAUGUAAAAUGUAUUGAGUUAUAUAUUUAUAUUUAUAUUUGGAUUAAAAAGUGAUUCGAUUUUUUUUUGUUUUUUGUUUAUAAUUUUUCUAAUCAAACAAAUAUUCUCAUAUAUUAUAUUAAUUAUUAUUGCAAUUUCUUGCAGUAAAAGAAACAGUAAAGAUAAUAAAAUGUGAAUAUUUUUAUGACUAUUUUUAAGAAAAAAUUUUCAUCUAGUGUUGAUCAAGAAUCUUGUUAAUUAAAAAUAGCGAAAAAAAAUCUUUCUGAUAAAUAAAAAUUUUUUUCUAUGCAAUUUGCUUUUGUUUCAGAUUUCGUCAGAUCUUUAAAAUAUAUAAAACCAAGAUUGCAAAUAUUUUGAUCAAUUAUUUGAAUUGAAAUAUUAAAAAAAAAAAAAAAAUCAUGUCUAUUUUAAACGAUAUAUUAUUAUAAUUGAAUUGUAACAGUUUGAUAUUUAUAAGUAAAAGAGAAGGAUUAAAAACUAUAUAUUAUAUUUUAAUCUAUUUUUAGAUCUAUUUGAUAAUUUAUUUUACAAUUAAUUAAUUAAUUCAUUAAUUAUGAAAUAAGUUAUCAAAAUUAUUAUACUUAUAUCAAAAAUUGAAAAAAUUAUCAAUGAAUAGAUCAGUGUAAAAAGUCAAAUAAUUCAUGUUUAUAAUAUCUUAAAUUGAUUAACAACAGUUUUUUAUACACUGUUAUUUCAAAAAAUCAAAUAAUAACUAAUAAGUAUUUUUAUUUAAUUUAUAAUAAUAAAUUAUAAUAAUAAAAUUAUAAUAAUUAUUAUUUAAAUAGGAUAUGAAAGUUAUCUUUAUCAUUAUCGUGAAGCAUAAAUUCUUUUUUAAUUACUAAGAUUGCAACAAAUUUGUUACUAUUUUCUAAUGAAAUUUUAAUAUAAUACACAGCUCAAAUUAGAACUCAUUUUAUAAUUUUUUUCUUUGUAAUUCUCUUAAAUAAUAUUUUUAUAAUGAUAAUUUAUGUGUUUGUGUCAAUUUAUAUAAUUAAUUUCGUUAAUUUUGAUCUUGUGACAGGUAAAAAGCUAUUUUUGUGUUAUUAUUUUGAUCGAAAAAAAUUAAUUUUUUAUUUAAAUCUUCUUUUAAAAAAUAAAUAGUAAAAUUAAUUCGAAUUUAUAUAACUAUGAACAGGAUUAUUUUUAAUUUCGAAAGCUUUUGAUAAAUAUACAGCAAUACAGAAAAAAAUACAAAAAUAAUAUAGGAAAAAAUCAAGAAACUAAUUAGAAAUUCAAACAUAUCAAUAAUCCAUAUCUUACAAGAUCAUAAUCAUCAAUCUUAAAAAUUUAUUUCAAAAAUUAUUAAUUAAAAAAAAAUAAAUAAAUUAUUUAAAAAUUAAAAUGAAAUAAAAAUAAAUAAAAUAAUAAAUAAAUAAGUAUUCUGUUUCAAUUGAUUUUUAUUAAAUUGAUAUAAUAAUAAUAUAAACAUUGCUAUAAUUCAUAAUUCAAUCUUAUUAUUCUCUAAAUUUAUUCAAAAUUUACUCGCACUUUUUUUUCUGAAUAAUUCGAAUUUUAAUUAAUAAGUGUUUUAAUUAUUAAAAAAAAAAGAAGAAAAAUAUAUUAUGAUUUUAUAUAAUUUUGUAAAACUUUUAAUUAAAUAGUAGAGUAAAUAUAUAUGUACAGAUAAAUAAUUAAAUAUAUUAAUUAUUUUUUACUAAA